AUGGCAAGCUUGUUUAAAGAAGAUGCUGAAGCUCCUCUGUGUUUCGAGAGUACCUCUGCCCUGGCUUCUCACUCUUGGGUCAGCAAGAAUCUAAGCCAUUCGUUCCCCUCCAAUGAGAGUGCUGGAAUUUAUGAUGCCAUUCUCUUGUCCAAACAAUCCAUCAACAGGGACGAGAAUUUGCUAGCUACCUCCCUCUGCUUUUGGAAUUCUCCUAGCAAUACAUUUGACUUCCGCGUAGGUCUAAUGGCUCGAACUCUAUUGGACAUGGCUCAAAUCUUUAGGUUCAGGCCCUACAGAAGACCUGUAGAUGCAGUGGGUGACUAUCACAGGAGGAAGAACCAAGAGAAAUUGGCCAAACCAUUCACCAUCUAUCCAGCCUCAAUUAACCAGAACUGCUCAUUUUCCAACUAUCUGAGGAAUUUCCGUGCUGAGAAGGAUAAGGAUCAGCAUCUGGUGGAGGCUCUGCACAUUCAUACUGAUGUGGGGCUUGGACCCAUAGUUUACUUCCCAGAACUGAGGUUUCCAGACAUAAUUAUGCUCGAAAACCAAGUUCUGGCCUUCCCUCUAAUGUUGGCAGAAGUGCCUAAGCGUUUAAUCGAGGAGUACCUGAUGUUUUUCAGGCACUGUACUAAGAGGUCAGCAGCUCAAUGGCAGGUGGUGAUCAGAAGGACCUAUCCUUGGUUCCAGCCUGAAUAUUGGUUGUUUGUGAAGGAGCCAGAAAAGGAAGCAACCAGAAUUGACUUCAUGAAGAAGUUCUUGAGUGUCACCUUGCCAAGAGAUUUGCCCAAUGGUUGUGGAAAGCCUCCAAAUUAUCAUUUGGAGGUAGAAGUCUACCAUCCGAACUUCUGCGCAAGACAACUUGGAUGCCAGAUACGCAAUAAAGAAGAUAAACCACAGCGCAAAUGCUUUUUAUCUGGCCUGGGAACCAAAUUCCUUACUGCACUCCAAGUUCUCUUUGAUGGCUGGGAUUCCUGGGUUGUUCAUGUAGGAGAGGAAACUCACAGAUUCAUGGUGCAGACCAUUGAAGAUAUUAACACACAAAUCAUAAAAGAUCCCUCCCUUACAAGGAACAUAGGUGGACAGUCUGUCCAGGCUGGAAAAGUGAUUGUCACUUAUGUCAUUGCUGCUGGAGACUUGAAGCUUUCCUCUGGAGAUGAAGACGGUGAAACUCAGGUAGAACAACCAGUUGUUGAGGUGACUCCUUCUGGCAGAAGGAACAAGAGGAAAGAAACUGCUCCAGUUCACGAGAGUACUGUCCAGCCGGAAACUUUAGCCGAAAGUCCUCCUCCCCCUCCUACCAAGUCAAAAAGACUUAGAAAGAGGACUGUGGUGGAGUAUGUGGCCACCGAAGGUCCUACAACAGCUCCUACAGCCUCUUCUGGCAUAAAUGAGGAGCUGAUGGAGGCUUUUGAAGCUGUAGAGCAGGAGAAGGAACAAGAUGAAGGGGAUGUCCCUUUAAAGGAGAAGAGCAAAGAUUUUGAAGAAAAGGAGGAGAUUCCUGCUAAGGUAGAAGUGCCCAGAACUGCUGGGACCUUGGCAGUGGUGACCAGCCCUCUAAAGCCUCCCAUCGUUGUCAUGCCCAUCCAUUCUCUUCUAGGUUCAUCCACCACGGCCUCCUUUGCUGAUCCAGAAUUGGCAGAAUUUGAAGCUAUGGACCUAGAUGCCCAGCUGGACAAACUGGAGAAACUUAGCUCCACUCAAGGCAAGGCAAAGUCCAAGGCAGUAAAUGAGGCAAUGGAUAGGGUGAAGAUCUGGCAAUCCACUGAACUGGAUUUGGACGAAAACCAAAAAGCUAUUGACCAACUGAUGAAUGACCUGGAUCUGCUACAUAGAGAAAACAUGGCUCCUAGGCCUACACUUGAGAUGAGCCUUAGUCUGGCCAGAGAUGUGCUCAACCUUCACGACCGUUAUAAGGAUCUCAAGCCCACCUUCAAAACCUCUGAGUUCUGCAAGGCUACUCAUGAAGCCAAUUUGGCCGAUUAUGUAAAACAGAAGGCAGAGCUGGAUCAGAUGGUUGCAGGAUACAAAGAAGCCAAGGCCACUGCAGAUAAGCUGGAGAAGCAGAUUGAGGAACUUCAAAAAUAG